AUGGCAACACCUCAACCUCCUCCUGCUCUUCCCCAAUACUUGUAAGAAUAUGAAUUCAGCCAAGAAAACAGAGACUUUAUAUCCUCUCUACCUACAGAAAAGGGUUGGGUUGCAAACAACCUUCGUCAGUACCAAGGUUUUUGGCAUGCAACUAGGCACAUGCAGGGUUUAGCAUGCCAGAAACACUUCCAGGCCCUAGACACUGAUAUCCUUCUUGUUAGCACUCCCAAAUCAGGCACCACUUGGCUCAGGGCAGUUCUGUUUGCCCUAGUGAAAAGGGUGCACUAUCCAGACCCUCAACAACACCCUCUGCUCACAAACAACCCUCAUGUUCUUGUGCCCUUCUUGGAGCUGGAUGUGUACAUCGAGAAACAGGUUCCUGACCUCACCGGCGUGGAGCCCCCGAGGCUCUUUUUGACGUAUGUGUCUCUGCCUGAUUCUGUCAAAAACUCUGCUCGCAAAGUUGUUGACUUGUGUAGAGAUCCUAAGGACACAUUUGUUUCUCUUUGGCACUUCGCCAACAAAUUGAGAGCCAAAAGUAGGGGCACAAGAACAAAAGGUAAUGUGUUGGGGUAUUGGAAGGAGAGUUUGGAACGGCCUGAAAAGGUAAUGUGCUUCAAGUUUGAGGAAAUGAAAGAAGAGCCCACUGUUCACUUGAGGAGGUUAGCUGAAUUCUUAGGGUGCCCAUUUUCUCCAGUGGAAGAGACACAAGGAGUUGCAGAUGAUAUCUUAAGGUUGUGUAGUUUUGACAACUUGAGCAAUUUGGAUGUGAAUAAAAGUGGGAAAUUAUCAUCAGGUGAGGAGAAUAGUACAUUUUUCAGGAAAGGUGAGGUUGGAGAUAGGAUGAAUUAUCUAACAGAUGAAAUGGUGGAGAGACUAGAUUGCAUCAAUGAAGAGAAGUUGCAAGGUUCUGGACUGAAAUUCUAG